GAUUGAUCUCACCAAUAUGGCAGCCAAACUGCUCCCGGACCCCCGCCUCUCGGAGUUAUUCUUAAUCUAUUGUUCUCCGGGUACAAGCAUGCAUCGUGUAUUUAAAAUGUUGUGGAUGUAUCCACACAAACCACAUUACAAGAGCAAAUUUAAAGCACCUUCAGAGUUCCUCGUCAUUUGUUUCCAACCUCCUUAAGCAGAUCCCCAACCUGACUCAGUAUCACAUCAUCUUUUCAUCAAAGUAUCCGUGCUUUAAAGACUACGCCGCGCAAAAUGAAUGAAGCACUCUUUCCUCAUGAUGCCCACUCAUCCAACAACCCAAUCCCAGCUCCAAGUCAAGGAAAACUCUUCAUGGAUGAAGCUACACUUGGCGAGCUAUCCCGUGCACAGCUGCAAAAGGUAGCCAAGGCUCAUGGAGUAAAAGCGAACAUGAAGAGUGCAGUAAUCAUUAGAGAGUUGGUGAAACUCAGCAAGGUUGAUCCUGUACUUCGAGAAGAGAGUGAGGAGCCACCAAGAAAGAAGUCAAGAACGACGGAGGAGGGACUUCCAGCUGCCGGCCCUUCAACGCGAACCAUAGACUUACCUAUGGAUACAAGUUUCGAUCCUCCCAUCAUCCAGGAAGAUGCCCCUACACCCGUCCUGAUUCUAGCAGAACACACAACUCCCACAAAAGUAGCUGGACAUGCUGGUGACGUAGCGCCUGACAAUCUAGUGGGAAAGUCGCCAAGCCUUUCGCCCUUAGUAGCAAGUCCCAAUAGGCACCCUGCUUCGGAGGAUGACUGCAGUGAUUCGGGUGGUUCCUACUUGUCCUACGGAAGUCCCAAUCAGCAGCAAUACUAUAAAUCUCCUGUCAGCUCGCGUGCAGGAACGCCUCCACCCGAAGAACCACAGCUGCUCAACCGGGCUGUCAACAUAAUGAAGCAGAUCACGGCCGAUGAUCAACGCAUUCUCAUCCAGGCCGCCGCUCUCCGCCAGAGAGCGGCGGGGCUGAAGGAGCAGGCGAGGAAUGUGCGGGAUGUCGUGCGCGCCGAGCGGGGGCGUCGUGAGAGAUUAGAGGCCUACUUCACGUACUGGAGGGAGAUUGCGCCCAAUUGGCCAAAAGAUUGGAUCUACGAAGAAGGCGAGGAGGAUCAGAUGCGGACAGAAAGAGUGCUAAAGACUAUGACACCACCACUACCGUCAACAGGCCCGAUAGGCCCACCCACCUUACCUUUUGACGGAAGGGAUGCGCUGUGAGUUUUCGCAUUUCGUUUGUCAAACUCAGCUAACGACGACUAUCAGAAACUCGCAUAGAGAGUUGAGACGCCGUCAGCUGCAGCCACGACAGGAAGCUCGUAAGCAGAGGAACGUGGCAGUUGCCCCUCCUGCAGACGUCGAGCAGCCCGAUCAAAGUGCCAAUCGCCUACCUUCGCUGCAGUUUACCACCAAAGGAAGAGUUGCAAAACGAAAACAUUGCAGUUAAAUCGUUGACGAUUGGUACUGCGAGUUUGAUCUACAAAUAUUACUUUACCCUCAGUCAUCAUAUAUCCUGUAAUAAUGCGUAUCACUCACAAGUUGUGUAUUUGUUAUACCUCGCCAACUGAAAUCAAUAAUGACGCCUGCUCGCUCAUUUGUCGUUGGACUCAGGUGC